AUGGAAAAGGAUAAUAAAAGUCUUGUUGGGUGGUUGGAAAAAAAAUACCCCUUUCAAAGAAAAUGCGUCGAGGAAACGGCACAGUGGAACGACGAAGAUUUGGUCAAAUUGAUGCCGCAAAAGCCAAGCGAUAUUGCAGAAACCCUACAUGCGCUUUUUCCAGGGAUGAAGCUUUAUCAAACGAACGUACACAACUACACAAUUCCAAUUCAUUGUUACUCAAUUUUGGAAGGAUCACAAUUCUCUUUGAAUGAGAAGUUCAGCAACACAGUAAGCUUUUCGUCAUCAAACAACAACUACCAAAAUUUGUAUUUAUCAUACAAGAAGUCGACAAUUUUAAAAAAGCUUCAAGCACUGUCCGAGAAGAUACUUCACCCCACCGGGAUGACAAACACGUCAAUACCAGCACUGGUUGUUAAGUUGCCAACUUGUAUUGUUCAGGUGUCAAUUGACAGGUACGAGGGAUACUAUAACAACCUCUUUUUUAACACUUAUAAACGGCUCCACAAAUCAUUCGAACUUCUUUUUGACGCAGUCGAUUUACUCCACCAAACUUUGUUUCAAACAAACCAACACCUUUCGACCUUAACUCGCGUGAUGGUUGUUCAAUUUCUUCAUUCCGUUGGUAUUCCUGCACUUCAAGACGCAAAAUCCUGUGGUUCGAAACGUCAUGUUGUGUAUAUAUUCCCAGCAUUGUGUACAAUACAAAAUGUUGAGUGGUGCGAAUGUCCUGAUUGUAUCGCUUCCAAAAUCCCAAACUAUUCAUUUUCAUAUCUUCUCACAAAAUAUCUCGACUAUUACUUAAAUUUCGACUAUUCUAAGAGGAUCUCCACAUCGCCCAAUUUUUACAAAAAUAAGCCGGUUUCAAAGGACACUGUAAUGAACGUUGUUGCUCCUUUUGUUCCUUGGGUGUUGCUGAGUACCUCCACGAGCAUUGUUGACCUACAGGAGAUGCUUUUUAUUUACAGGACGGUGUACGUCUCAAUGGUGACCAAGGUAGCACCCCCAAAUUUCUGUUCUUUACAAUCAAAUUCCCUCCUUACAUAUGCUGUCGUUACAACAGUUGUCAUGUUGUCAAAUCUCCCACUCAAUUUCCAAAUCAAGCAACUCACUGAUGUCAUUUUUGAGGUUGGAAUCACGUGCGAAUUUUUGUUUGUCGUUCCUGCAUUUGUGUCAAAAAUUUCAAAGAGAGGUGGUGUCAUUUUUUUGAGAUUUGAAAACUUGAACGACUCUGCUUAUUUUAGAUGGACAGUCCCAGUCCCUUACGACAAAACCUUUUAUUCAGAAGAUGUCUUCAUUCACCGUCCAAACGGCGCACUGUAUUUCAACACUGAAAACUUUAUUUUCGUCGAAUAA